CUGAUUAGUAGACGAAGGCACACUGCACUUUCCACCACAGCCCUGCUCUCAUCACUCGAUCCCAGCGACGACGCCGCCCAACGAUCGAAGCAGACCGACAGCAGAUGCAGCCCUCGCCGCACCACCAUACUGCCACGACCCCUACGUCUGGAAGCUCCUUAUCAUCACCAUGACAAGCUCGAGCGACACUGUUCCGGACGAUCACUACAGGAUUACUUACGAAGAGGUGCACGUCCAUAUAUGCAAUGCAGCCCGCAAGAUCAAGCAGGACUUUGAUCCCGACGUGAUUCUCGCCAUCGCAGGCGGCGGUCUCUUUCCUGCUCGCGUUCUUCGCACAUUUCUCAAGCGGCCAUCCCGAUUGGAUCCGACAAAGCUGCGAAACGUGCCCAUCAACGUUGUGUCUUUGGCGCUGUACGAAGAAAUCGCCAACUCAUCCGCAGGUGCUCUGGGACGAGAGGUGCUGAGGACGCAGUGGCUGGAUGCGAAGGCGAUCAGAGGACAGAAGGAGGGAGGCGCUGCAGAGGAAGGCAAGGGCGAAGGGCUGCUCGGGAAGCGCAUCCUGAUCGUGGAUGAGGUGGAUGACAGCAGAACGACGCUGCAGUAUGCGUACAACGAGCUGCUCAAGGAUGUUCGCAAAGAGAUCAAAAGCUUGUCACCUCAAGAGCGAGCCGCGCUCCCGCCUACGCGAUUUGGGAUUUUUGUAGUGAACAACAAGCUACGACAGAAGCGUGGCGUACUGCCAAUCUAUCCUGAAGGCACUUCCACAGAGAAUGAACCGUUAGAUGACGCGCAGGAUGGAGACAAAGUUGGCAAAGGGUGCUUCUACUGGGCUGCAGAGACCACGGGAGAUGUGUGGAUCGACUAUCCUUGGGAACAAGACGACAUCAUAGAGCAUAAUAGAUUGGCGGCUGUAGCUAAGAAGCUGGGAGUAAACCAGCCAGUUGGGGUGCUCCAGGCAGCUGCUUCUGCGUCGGCGUGAAUUUCGAUUAUAUCAAGCACGGCAACAUCGACCCUUGCGUUCUUGCGCCUAGGCCACGAUCGACGUUCAAUCGCCAGCUCCUGCCAAGUCUUCCUUGGCUCAUAAGUGCGCGCAACUCUCAAUUCUGGAGGCAGUCAGAACAGGGUGUUCACGCAGCGUGCCGUGAGCCAUAGAGUGUCGUGAGCGUCCAGAGUCCUCUCCCGUGACCGAGCGUAUUGUGAGU